AGAGUUCUCUGAUGCAGACCAAUGCCGUCAUUUGAAGUUUGGUCCUAAAGGAGCUUUUGACGGGAAACGUCUCAAAAACCAUGUGAUCCGCAGUGCUAAAGUUAUGGUACAGGAGUUCUGCGAAACUAUGUGUUAUAUGGAACCCAACUGUGUCAGCAUCAAUUUUGAAAAACAAGCGGGUGGAAACGGAAAAUACAAAUGUGAAUUAAAUAAUGUCACACACGAAGGUUACGAAAGCGUUUGGGUUAAGGAGGAAAACUUCUUCUACCAUGCAUUUGAGAGUGCUUGUGUUGAAAAUCCUUGCAUGAACAACGCCAUUUGUCAAAGUGGUUUUACCGAUAAAGGAUAUCGCUGUCUGUGUCCUGCUGGAUUCGGGGGUGCGAGGUGCGAAGCAGAUAUUGACGAGUGCAGUGAGGCUACACACCAUUGUAAGCCCACUCACGAGUGCAAAAAUAGCAAGGGAUCUUACCAAUGCAUUUGUCGCCCAGGAUAUUAUGGAGAGGAUUGCCAUAUACCAGCGGCUUUGAGUUGCAAGGAGGCUUAUGAAAAGAACAU